AUGAUGAAAUUAGUCAAUGCGAAUGACCGAUCAGACGGUUUGAAAUGGGAAUGUAGGAAGCAAAUGAACAGAAAGCAACACAAGGUUGAGGUCUCAAUUCGAAAAGACAGUUGGUUUGAGAAAAGUAAUCUUACACUUGAAGAGAUUGUGAAAUUGACAUACUGGUGGUGUAGAGGGAUAAACCAAGAAGAUAUCCGACACGAAGUUAACGUGAGCGAACAUAUGGCAGUCAAUUGGGACAGUUUUUGUCGUGAGAUUUGCGAAGUAACGCUUUUAGAAAGAGCACAAAAAAUCGGCGGACCGGGGAAGACCGUGCAAAUUGAUGAGAGUAAGUUUGGAAAGAGAAAGUAUCACAGAGGACACAAAGUUGAAGGACAAUGGGUGUUUGGAGGAAUCGAGGAGGAGUCACACAGAAGUUUUAUGGUUGCAGUUGAAAAGCGAGAUGAGAAAACCUUAUUGCCAAUAAUCCAAAACCACAUAGCCAAGGGUACAACGAUUAUCUCAGACUGUUGGAAAGCAUAUGUUAACCUUGAGAAGCAUGGAUAUGUGCACAAGUGUGUAAAUCACUCGAAAGAGUUUGUAAACGAAGAUGGGGAUCACACAAAUAAGAUUGAAGGUCACUGGCGCCAGGCUAAGGCUAAAUUGCCCAAAUUUGGUGUAAGAAAGUACGCCCAAACUCAUGUAACAGACAGUUCGAUUGUUUGA